GGCGAGUGACGUCAGGCCGUUUGUUGUCAUUGGCGGCUCCCAAGAUGGCGUCCAUCAUGGAAGGGCCGCUGAGUAAAUGGACUAACGUGAUGAAGGGCUGGCAGUACCGUUGGUUUGUGCUGGACUACAAUGCAGGGCUGCUCUCCUAUUACACGUCCAAGGACAAAAUGAUGAGAGGCUCUCGCAGAGGAUGUGUGAGACUCAGAGGAGCUGUGAUUGGUAUAGACGAUGAGGACGACAGCACCUUCACAAUAACUGUUGAUCAGAAAACCUUCCAUUUCCAGGCUCGCGAUGCUGAUGAGCGAGAGAAGUGGAUCCAUGCCUUAGAAGAAACAAUUCUUAGACAUACUCUUCAGCUUCAAAUCAGUACCACACUUGCUUUUUUCCAGUCUUCUGGUAUCUCUCCAGUUCUUGAAUUUUCAAAAAUAAUUGGUUUGGAUUCAGGAUUUGUUCCUAGUGUCCAAGACUUUGAUAAGAAACUUACAGAGGCUGAUGCUUACCUACAAAUCUUGAUAGAACAAUUAAAGCUUUUUGAUGACAAACUUCAAAACUGCAAAGAUGAUGAACAGAGAAAGAAAAUUGAAACUCUCAAAGAAACAACAAAUAGCAUGGUAGAAUCAAUUAAACACUGCAUUGUGUUGCUGCAGAUUGCUAAAGACCAGUGUAAUGCGGAGAAGCACGCAGAUGGAAUUAUAAGUACUAUUAAUCCUGUGGAUGCAAUAUAUCAACCUAGUCCCUUGGAACCUGUGAUCAACACAAUGCCUACUCAGACUGUCUUACCUCCAGAACCUGCUCAGUUGUGUAAGUCAGAGCAGCGUCCAUCUUCCCUACCAGUUGGACCUGUAUUAGCUACCUUGGGACAUCAUCAGACUCCAACACCAAAUAGUACAGGCAGUGGGCACUCACCACCUAGUAGCAGUUUGACUUCUCCAAGCCAUGUCAACUUGUCUCCAAAUACUGUCCCCGAGUUCUCUUAUUCUAGCAGCGAAGAUGAAUUCUAUGAUGCUGAUGAAUUUCAUCAAAGUGGCUCAUCCCCAAAGCGCUUAAUAGAUUCCUCUGGAUCUGCCUCAGUCUUGACACACAGCAGCUCAGGAAAUAGUCUCAAGCGCCCUGAUACCACAGAGUCACUUAAUUCUUCCAUGUCCAAUGGAACAAGUGAUGCUGACCUCUUUGAUUCACAUGAUGAUAGAGAUGAUGAAGGGGAGGCAGGGUCCGUGGAAGAGCACAAGAGCGUUAUCAUGCAUCUCUUAUCACAGGUUAGGCUUGGAAUGGAUCUUACUAAGGUAGUUCUUCCAACAUUCAUUCUUGAAAGAAGAUCUCUGUUAGAAAUGUAUGCAGACUUUUUUGCACAUCCGGACCUGUUUGUGAGCAUUAGUGACCAGAAGGAUGCCAGAGAUCGAAUGGUUCAGGUUGUGAAAUGGUACCUCUCAGCCUUUCAUGCAGGAAGGAAAGGAUCGGUUGCCAAAAAGCCAUACAACCCCAUUUUGGGCGAAAUCUUUCAGUGUCACUGGACAUUACCAAAUGAUACUGAAGAGAACGCAGAGCUAGUUUCAGAAGGACCAGUUCCCUGGGUUUCCAAAAACUGUGUGACAUUCGUGGCUGAGCAGGUUUCCCAUCAUCCACCCAUUUCAGCUUUUUAUGCUGAGUGUUUUAACAAGAAGAUACAAUUCAAUGCUCAUAUCUGGACCAAAUCAAAAUUCCUUGGGAUGUCGAUUGGGGUGCACAACAUAGGGCAGGGCUGUGUCUCAUGUCUAGAUUAUGACGAACAUUACAUUCUCACAUUCCCAAAUGGUUAUGGAAGGUCUAUCCUCACAGUGCCCUGGGUGGAACUAGGUGGAGAAUGCAAUAUCAAUUGUUCCAAAACUGGCUAUAGUGCAAAUAUCGUCUUCCACACUAAGCCUUUCUAUGGGGGCAAGAAGCACAGAAUUACUGCUGAGAUUUUUUCUCCAAAUGACAAGAAAUCUUUUUGCUCAGUUGAAGGGGAAUGGAAUGGUGUAAUGUAUGCAAAAUAUGCAACAGGGGAAAAUGCAGUUUUUAUAGAUACCAAGAAGUUGCCUAUAAUUAAGAAGAAAGUGAGGAAGUUAGAAGAUCAGAAUGAGUAUGAAUCCCGCUGCCUUUGGAAGGAUGUCACUUUCAACUUAAAAAUCAGAGACAUUGAUGCAGCAACUGAAGCCAAGCAUAGACUUGAAGAAAGACAAAGAGCAGAAGCCCGGGAAAGGAAAGAGAAGGAAAUUCAGUGGGAGACAAGGCUAUUUCAUGAAGAUGGAGAAUGUUGGGUUUACGAUGAACCAUUACUGAAACGUCUUGGUGCUGCAAAGCAUUAGGUUGGGAAAUGCAAUGUUUACACCUGAUGACCAGGGCAAUAGGCAUAAUUAAGCAACAAUCUUCCUUUGGGAGAACCUAUUCACUCCCUUCUUAUUGCAGUGGUUCCUAUCUCAGGGAUACUGGACUUUCUGAUGCAGAUGAACAAUUAAAGCAAGAAAAGCUUCCCGUUUUUUCCUUUUCUGUGGCAGUUACAGUUUUGACUUCAGUCCUGAGAAAAACUUCAGGUUUUGAAAACAAGAUGUCUGCUUUUUUCCCCAAACCCCAUGCUUUGAAAAGCAUUUAUAAAUCCCAGUCUUAAAUCUUGCAUACCAGUAUGGCUGUUAAGAUCUACAUUUGUUUCCUAGUUCAUAUAAUUCUGGGAUGGAUAUAUAUAUAUAUAAUUACAUACACACAUAUAUAAAUAUAUACCUGAUGCCAGAAUUUUCAUAAAUGCUCCAACUACUGUAAAUAUUCCUGAGUUGUUUUAGAAAAUUAGUGCAAUGUAUUAAAAUCAAGUGUUAGGAAAUUUCAUGGCCUCACCUAUAACAACUUUUGUUUUGGAAUUGGACUAUUAUUAGGAAUUGGACUAUUAAAUUGUAUCUAAUGCGGGACUAUAUUUAAUUAUACUCAGUGCUUCUUAAGGCUUCAUAAAGUAAUUUUUCCAGUU